AUGCGCUCACACAUUCAAAUUUCACACAUACGAUUAAAACGAACAUUUGUAGUCACUCUUGCUCGAGAAAAGUUUAUCGCCCUCGGUCCAAAGAACGAUACCAGCAAACACAAGAAAAUCAAGUUUGAUCCAACAGACGAACUAUGGAAAUCAGAUAUUAAUUUGAAUGAACAUAUUACGAAAGCAUUAGAAGCGCUACUUGAAAAAGAGCGUAAAUCUGGAGACCCCUUUAAACAACGCGCAUACGAAAAUGCUAUACACGUAAUAACAUCUUAUCCGGCCAGAAUAAUCUCCGGCGCUGAGGCCAAGAAAUUGCAAGGAAUUGGGAGUAGCAUAGCAAAUAAAAUUGACGAGAUUAUUAAAACAGGCACUUGUGAAUCGUUGAAGGAAAAACGGGAAGAGACAGAAUUAUUCGAGACUUUUAGUCAAGUAUUUGGGAUUGGACCAGUAGCCGCGAAAAGAUUUGUAGAAACAGGGUACAAAUCUCUCUCUGAUCUAGCGAGAGACCCCCACUUAACCGAUAUGCAGAAACUUGGAAUCAAGUAUGUCGAUGAAUUCAAGCUUAUGAUUCCAAAUGUAGAGGCUCAAGGGCUAGAACAUUAUGUUCAAGACAUAUUAAAGGAACUAAGUCCGGCGUACACAGGCAUUGCAUGUGGUGACUAUCGACGUGGACUACCCGAAACUCACUCACUAAACAUGGCGGUAACUCAUCCAAAUUAUACUUCUUCUCCCCCUAAUAAUCCCGGGAAACUUCUUCUUGAUAUGACUGAUGCAUUGACGGAUUUGGGCUUUCUCACGGAUCAUAUUUCAUCAGGGGCUUUGAAGUAUUGGGGUGUUUGCAAGUUGCCCACAGACAGCAAUGCCAUUCACAGGAGGAUACAGAUAAGACUUCUCCCAUAUGACCGUUACUGGCCUGGAAUAAUAGCUUUAACGGGUGACAAGCAAUUUGUAAAAUACUUCCGCCGCUAUGCAAGUGAGCAAGGGUUUCAUCUAGAUGACUAUGUUAUCUGCCGACGUAAUAAUGAAACUGGCGAACUCGGUCCACCGUUGAAAGUACAAAGCGAAGAACAAGUGUUUGCCAUAUUGAAGUUAAAGUAUAUUGAGCCGGAACAGAGAUCAUUCCGAGAUAUGAAAACGAGUGUAGACGGGACAAGAAUUGAGUUAAAAAAUGUACGAAAAUGGUGA